GGUAAAUUACUGAAUUAUUCAUUUUUAACUCUGCGUUACGUUGCCGUCUGACGUCUGUGAUCACAACUGUCUCAGUUCACAAUAUCGUCGUUAAUCGAAUUCGCUGUUUCGACGUGAGUUUGGAUAUUACGAAUUGUUAUCCAGUGAAAUCCAGCGAUUAUAUUGAUCAUGGAAGACGACUUGCCAUCCAAGUAUGAAGUGAUCGUCAUUGGCACUGGUAUGACAGAGUCAAUUGUUGCUGCUGCUGCUAGUCGAAUUGGAAAACGGGUUUUACAUUUAGAUAGAAAUGAUUAUUACGGUGGUAUGUGGGCGUCUUUUACAUUUGAAGCUCUUCAAAAGUGGUUGGAUGAAUGUAGAAAUGGUAAAACAGAAGGUUCUGUUAAAACUUCUUCUCCCUUAGUACAAGACAGUGAAAAGUCUGUAACUAUAGGCAAUCAAUUUUCGACCGUAUUUAAUAUUGAAGAAAAAUGGUUUAUACCUGAAAAACUUCCAUCAGUUGGUAAUUUACUUAGUGCUAAAAAUACUCAAACUGAAGAUAGUCCUAAAGAAAGUAAGGAUAAACAGAAUGAAACUGAAGCUACAUUAAAAUAUAAUGAUAAACUUUGGUGUCAGGCUAAACUUAAAAGUUUGGGACGUAAAUUUAACUUGGAUUUAGCUCCUAAAUUACUUUUUUCCCGUGGUACAUUAGUGGAACUUCUUAUUUCUUCAAAUAUUUCUCGUUAUGCUGAAUUUCGAUGUGUUAAUCGUAUCCUCACGUGGCAAUCUGAUAAAUUGGAAACUGUUCCAUGUUCUCGAGCAGAUGUCUUUGCUACAAAAAAUGUUGGACUCAUUGAAAAACGUCAACUAAUGCAACUUUUGACUUUGUGUGUUGAAUAUAAACCAGAGAACGAUGAAUUUAAAGGAUUUGAAGAUAAAACAUUAAAACAAUAUUUAGAAAGCAAAGGUUUGACUGAGAAUCUUAUGCAUUAUGUUUUAUAUGCUAUUGCUAUGUCAAAUGAUACAACACCAUGUAUGGUUGGUGUUGAAAGAACUCAACGUUUUCUGAGUAGUCUCGGUCGUUAUGGUAACACACCAUUUUUAUGGCCUAUGUAUGGUACUGGAGAACUUCCUCAAUGUUUUUGUCGGCUAUGUGCUGUUUUUGGUGGUGUUUAUCAUCUAAAACGGGCAGCUGAUAGUGUAAUUGUUGAGAAUAAUGAAUGUAAAGCAAUUCUAUCUGAUGGAUCGAGACUUGAUUGCGAUCACCUCGUGUUAGGUGUUGCUGAUGCUCCUCCAGAAUUCUUAGGUUCUGUACCAAAAUCUGGUCUUUCUAGAGGUAUCUUCAUUAUUGAUAGAUCAAUAUCAACCACAGAUAAGGAAUCAUUGACAUUACUCCAGUUCCCAAUUAAAGGGAAAGAGCCCAUUACAGUAAUUGAAGCUGGACCAUCUACUCAUGUUUGUCCAUCAGGACUAUAUUUAUUACACAUGACAACUAAGCAAAUAGAUAACGCAAUUAACGAUUUAAAACCUGCUGUUGAAGCAUUAUUGCAUUCUGAAUAUGCUGAUGGUACUACUUCUAGAAUUGAUACUGAUACUCAGGCAACUCAAACACCAAAAGAGGGUGAUUCUUCUGCCACAAAAACAGAAUUUGUCAUUCAGAAUGAAGCAUUAAAACCUCAAGUUUUAUAUGCCCUAUACUUUAAUUGUCCUGAAACUUCGGAAUAUGAUCUUUCUCAGAAUGUUCCAAGUAAUGUUCAUUUAUGUUCAGGACCGGAUUUAGAAGUUGAUUAUGAAUUUGCUGUUAAACAAGCCAAAUCAAUUUUUUCCAAAAUGUACCCAGAUUCUGAAUUUUUGCCCCGUGCUCCAGAUCCAGAAGAAUUAUCUCUUGAAGUUGAUGAAGCUGCUGGACCUCCUUUCCAAAGUUCUGAAGAACCAAAAGAAGAAUGAAUUCAUAAAAUAUCCUGCAUUUGCUUUAAUUAUAUCAUAAUAAGCUAAAAUUAUUAUACAAAUUAUUAAGAUAAU